AAAAGCAAGGGAAAAAAAAAAAGGAAAGAAAGCAAAAACAGAGCAUAUGCGAAGGGCUGUGUAUUUCUCUCGCAGCAAGGAAAGUAAAGUUCUUCUUCCAUUCCCAUCAAAACCCCAAUCUUCUUCUUCUUUCUUCUUCACUUCAUUCUUCAAAAUUUUCUUUCCCCCAUUUUAUUUUUCAAUCUUUCAAUGGAUCGUCCACUCCUUCUCGCCUCUGUUUUCACUCUUCUCCUUCUUCCAGAUGUUCAAUCGACGUCUUUUAAGUUAGUCAACAAGUGUCGAACCACGAUUUGGCCUGGUUUGUUAUCCGGCGCCGGCACUGCCCAGCUUCCGACCACCGGCUUCGCCCUUCGCAGCGGCAAAUCCAAGAUCGUUCCGGUUCCUAAAUCUUGGUCGGGUCGGUUAUGGGCUCGGACCCUUUGUGGGUUAGAUUCCGAUGGGAAAUUCUCUUGCUUAACCGGCGACUGUGGGUCUGGUAAAGUCGAGUGUAUUGGCGGCGGUGCUAAGCCGCCGGCCACUUUGGCGGAGUUCACUCUCAACGGCGCCGAUGGGCUUGAUUUUUAUGACGUCAGCUUGGUCGAUGGUUAUAAUCUUCCGAUGUUGGUUGUGGCUAAAGGUGGGACGAGAGGCGGUUGCGCUGCCACCGGCUGUUUGGUGGAUUUGAACGGCGCGUGUCCGUCAGAGCUCAGAGUAGCGCGUGUUGGUGGUGGGAGUGGAAGGAGCGUGGCUUGUAGAAGCGCGUGUGAGGCUUUUAAUGCUCCGCAAUUUUGUUGUAGUGAGGCGUUCUCUACGCCUGACACCUGUCGUCCUUCGGUAUAUUCGGAGUUCUUUAAACAUGCUUGCCCACGCGCGUAUAGCUACGCGUAUGAUGACAAAACCAGCACUUUCACGUGUGCCUCCGCUGAUUACCUUAUUAUAUUUUGUCCACUACCUUACACCAGUCAGAAAGUGUUGAGUGCAAGGAAAGACGGGGCAAUGCUACCGCUUGUAAACAAAACGAUGAUGUAUCUGAGAAGCCGAAGAGCAAACGGCGUGUUAUCAGCAGGUUUAAUUGAAUACUAAUGCCUACAAGAUCAAAUCAACCAAAGCUAUGGCUGCCUCUUCUGGCCAACUUUUGUACCCUCCUUCUGUUACUGACAUUGGCCUUCCCUGUAAUUUUCAGGCAGAUAGUUUCGAAAUGAAUGGUCGACGUCGACGAAGACGGAAAUUUGAGACGUUGUGUAUCGACAUUGAUGAUAGGGGAGAUACCAUGGCUUAUAGCCACCAUACUCAAAAUUUCAUAGCUUUUUGUGAAUACAUAGUUAAAAUUAAUGUGACAAUUCUUGUUUUGGAAAAAAAAAUCAGAUUACAUUCUUGCCUGAGAAGUGUAGUAUUCAUGUUUUCUCUUGUGAUUUUCAG